UGGCGGAGACAGCGACAAACGUUUCAAAAUGAAGAACACGAAAGCGCUGAGGCGCCAAGGGUCUAUAUUCACGCACCACUCGCACGCUUCCUCAUCUGUCUCCUCAUUCAGUUCGUCCCACCCUCCAUCUUCGCACAACCCCUCUCCAUCUGCUUCUCUGGUCUCCCUCCCCCUUUCAUUCGAUUCUAAAAACGGCGAUGCCCCCAUGACGCCCCCUGGCUUGCCAAACCCCACUCGCAGAGCUGGCAAGCACUUCAAACCACACCCACUCUACCUUCGCCUCAACACUGUCCCUGUUUCUCCUUCGGAUACACGCUUCGCCUCAUCCCUCUCCCUCUUGCCCUCGACACCUUCCGCUACCUGCACCAGUCCCAUACUCCCUCCUACCCCAUGCACUCCCGCAGUGCCGAGCGUAGCCGAGGUACGCCGCAAGCGCAUGGCGAAGCUCGCAAGACACUUGGGUGAGAACGUCCCGUGCGAGCUCGUGUUCCCCAACCCAUCGGCUGGCGAGAAACGCGUGAAAAGAAGGAGUAUGUCACUGUCUGCACCGCGUGUGGCGAGCACACCGAGGGGGAGGCAGGACUGGGUUGGUGAAUGGAACAGGGGCGAUAUCAGGGAUGUGCAGAGAGAGCUACGGGCUUUGAAGGCACGCUGAAUUGACGUUGAUAAACGGCUUAUAGCAUUGGGCUGGAGCUAAUAUUGGAUCUUUCAUGCGGACAUUCGCCGGAAUACUUGCUGGCUGCAGGCCUACCAGUACCAAACACAAUCUUCUAUUUUCCUUCCUCAUUUUCUACUAUCAUCAUUCAUGACGCCACUAAAGCAUACCCCCUCAAAAUAUUUGUUUUAUAUCGUAUGCCCGGUUUCAUCACAUGCCCGGGCCAAUGCUCGACAUCGGCAUGCUCUUAAUUGUAGUACUACCAUUACUAUUAUAUACUAGAUAUAUAGAAAUUAGGUUCGUCGAACGUGUAGGACUGUAGUUUUAGAUUGGAUGUGUACGUGUAUUGCUUAGUCUACUACUGAAUCACAUUACUAUACUGUGCUGUAGAUCUUUCUGAGUGAACU